UCUUUCAUUCUUUAUUUGCAACUUCUGUGAUUUUCUGAGAUGCUUCAGGAGAAGCAGUACAGAAAAUGGACAAAAAGCCGUCUUUAAGCCAAAGCAGUACUCGUUAACGAUCAAUGGGUGGUGGUAAUGCACUACAAUAUCACAAUUUGCAGCCGCAGUUGAACAGGAAGAAGACUAAAAGUAUUGCGCAAAUAGGCUGACGUCAUUACUCGGCGACACGUCGAGCCUCUGGCAUUUGUCAAUGACAGGUUGCUUUCAUUUUCUAUGCCUUGUUUGAUAACUCGGAUGGUUGGAGCAGGAAACAGGCGAGCAUGCAUAGAGCCGCAUACACAGUAUUACAUGACUGGACAAACAGGGCCGUCCCAUUGACUGUACGGCGCAGCUCAAAAAGCAGAGCGUUCCUGUGGAGCUCACGUGAUUACAGUGUGGUCCCGCCCCCGCGUGACAGGGCAGAGAAGGAGAUGAUCGACCGCAUCCUACGUGUGGACCAUGCUGGUGAAUAUGGUGCCAAUCGCAUCUAUGCCGGCCAGAUGGCGGUGUUGGGCAGGUCUCAUACUGGAACUCUCAUCCAGGAAAUGUGGGAUCAAGAAAAAAAACACCUUGAGAAAUUCAAUGAAAUACUUGCUGAGAGCAGAGUUCGGCCAACAGCACUGUUACCUCUUUGGAAUGUUGCUGGCUAUUUAUUAGGGGCCUCGACAGCAAUGUUGGGCAAGGAGGUUGCCAUGGCCUGCACUGUGGCAGUGGAGGAGAGCAUCUCUGAACACUAUAACAGCCAGAUAAGAACUCUGAUGGAGAAGGAUCCUGACAGAUAUACUGAACUAUUAAAAGUUUUAAAAGAGUUCCGAGAUGACGAGAUGGAGCAUCACGAUAUUGGAUUGGAACAUGAUGCUGAAUCUGUACCUGGAUACUGGCUACUUAAAAAUGCUAUCCAGCUUGGGUGCAAAGCUGCAAUUUAUGCUUCUCAACAUGUGUAACUUUUUAUAUUAAAAAAAAAAAAAAAAAACUUUGCUUGUUUUAAUACUUUGAAUGGUUUUGCAGUUCCAAUAUUAUGGCAGACAUGAUCUUUAAGCUCUCCUGCAAAAUGUCUUAAAGUUGGGAAUUCAUUUUUCCAGUAUGAUGCCCCCUCCAUCAUACUUUUCAGUUGGUACGGAAAGUAUUCAGACCCCCUUACAUUUUUCACUCUUUGUUAUAUUGUAGCCAUCAUUCAUAAAAUGCAGCCAUAAAAUCAUUUGUCCAUUUUUCCCUCAAUGUACACACAGCACCCCAUAUUGAGAGGAAAAAAAAAAAAAAACGUUUGUAAAAAUGUUUGUAGAUUUAUUAAAAAAGAAAAACUGAAAUAUCACACAGCCAUAAGUGUUCAGACCCUUUGCUCAGUAUUUAGUAGAAGCACCCCUUUGAGCUAAUACAGCCAUGAGUCUUUUUGGGAAUGAUGCAACAAGUUUUUCACACCUGGUUUUGGGGAUCCUAUGCCAUUCCUCCUUCCAGGUUCUGUCAGGUUGGAUGGUGAACGUUGGUGGUUGGAUGGUGAACGUUGGUGGACAGCCAUUUUCAGGUCUCUCCAGAGAUGCUCAAUUGGGUUUAAGUCAGGGCUCUGGCUGGGCCAUUGAAAAACAGUCACGGAGUUGUUCUGAAGCCACUUCUUCGUUAUUUUAGCUGUGUGCUGAGGCUCAUUGUCUGUUUUGAAGGUGUACCUUCAGCCCAGUCUGAGGUUCUGAGCAAUCUGGAGAAGGCUUUCAUCCAGGAUAUCCCUGUACUUGGCCGCAUUUAUCUUUCCUUUGAUUGCAACCAGUCGUCCUGUCCCUGCAGCUGAAAAACACCCCCACAGCAUGAUGCUGCCACCACCAUGCUUCACUGUUGGGACUGUAUUGGACAGGUGAUGAGCAGCGCCUGGUUUUCUCCACACAUACCACUUAGAAUUAAGGCCAAAAAGUUCUAUCUUGGUCUCAUCAGACCAAAGAAUCUUAUUUUCACCAACUUGGAGUCCUUCAGGUGUUUUUUUAGCAAACUCCAUGCAGGCUUUCAUGUGUCUUGCACCAAGGAGAGCGUUCCGUCGGGCCACUCUGCCAUGGAGGGUUGCAGUGAUGGUUGACUUUCUAGAACUUUCUCCCAUCUCCCGACUGCAUCUCAGGAGCUCAGCCACAGUGAUCUUUGGGUUCUUCUUUUCCUCUCUCACCAAGGCUCUUCUCCCCCGAUUGCUCAGUUUGGCCGGACGGACAGCUCUCGGAAGGGUUCUGACCGUCCCAAACGUCUUCCAUUUAAGGAUUAUGGAGGCCACUGUGCUCUUGGGAACCUUAAGUGCAGCAGAAUCUUUUUUUAACCGUGGCCAGAUCUGUGCCUUACCACAGUUCUGUCUCUGAGCUCUUCAGGCAGUUCCUUUGACGUCAUGAUUCUCAUUUGUUCUGACAUGCACUCUGAGCUGUAAGGUCUUAGACAGGUGUGUGGCUUUCCUAAUCAAGUCCAAUCAGUAUAAUCAAACACUGCUGGACUCUAAUGAAGGUUUAGAACCAUCUCAAGGAUGAUCAGAAGACAUGGACAGCACCCGAAUUAAAUGAGUGUCACAGCAAAGGGUCUGAAUACUUAUGGCUGUGUGAUGUGUGUCUGUGUUUCAUGCGACCAACAAAAAAUAAUCUUAAACACAGGAACAUUGGCCUUCUGAAAAGUGUAUUAAAGUAAUAUGCCAUGAGUACUUUGUUGGGCCUCCUUUUGCAUUAAUUAGAGAAUCAAGGCGGCAUGGCAUGGAGGUGAUCAGCCUUUGCCACAAUUCCUUACGACCGUCUGCAUUUCGGGUUUUCUAAUCCCUCAUCUUUCUCUUGACAAUAUCCCAUAAAUUUUCAAUGGUGUUCAAGUCACUAGAGUUUGCUGGCCAAUCAAGUAUUGUUAUUACAUAGCUAUUAAACCAGGUAUUGGUAGUUUUGGCUUUGUAGGCAGGCCCCAAAUCCUGCUGGAAAAAUUCAUUGUCUCCAAAAAGCUCAUCGGCAGCUGGAAACGAUGAUCACACGAAUCGACGUCACUUUUCUUUGUAUAGUGGGGGAGGUAACUCCCCCACUAUACAAGAAGAAGAAAGUAUAUGCCCCAGCCCGUGACAUCAUGGGGCUGUUUUAGCCCUGCCCACAAAAUCAGGAAUAUUUAAACGGUGAAAAAGAUGCUUAAGCUCUAUCACAACAAUUCAGCACUAUAUUUUUUUGUCUUUGCGUACGUUUUCAGCGCUUGUCAUCAAGCAUAUAUAUUAUUUAAAACAAAACACUGAUAUUUGCUUCGUGCCACUUUAAGCUAAGUUAUCACCUACCUA